AUGGCCGAAGGCGUACCUAUUACCAACACCCUUUUCCCGCCACCACCGGAAUACUACAAGGCCUUCACCCCCGAGGCCGUCGAGCGGUUAGCGGAGCUCCGAUCGAAGGAUGAGGGCGGAGAGGAGCGCGAGCGACUGCAGAAGGAACAGGACCCUCCGCGGACUGACUGGAUCCUCGAGGAUGGAAGAUGGAUGGCCUUUGGCCAGCAGUACACUGCAACUCCCCACAUCCCGAAUGCUCGAGACAUCGGUCUGCCCGCUCUUGUAGCUGACCCCGUCUCGCAAGGAGGCGACAGCGAACGAUCCGCACUUCCUACGCUCCUGCACAGCUUCCUGCACACGCUUCUCGCGUUCAUCGAUGUCUUGACCGGGACGGCGCGUAUUCCAGGCGAACUUGAGGCGGCCGGGCGAGCGAGCGAGGGCGAUCAGCAGUACAUCCAACAUUUGAGCAACUUGGCGGCUACCAUGAUCGUGUCGGCCAAUCAGCUCCGAGGUGUUCAGGCUGAAGAGACUCUCGUCAUGCUCAUGGAGAAGCAGGUCUCAGAGAGGAAGUCCCAGGUUGAGAAGCUCCGGGCGAAGAACCGAGAAGUCGCGGAGAAGAUCAAGAAGCUCAAGGCCACGGCAGCCGCAACAGUGGAAGGGAAGGAGCCAGCUGCAGCAACAGUGGAAGAAGUGGAAGAGAAGGAGCCAGCUCCUGCUGUCAAUGGAGCGUCAGCCGGCGAUGAGCAGAUGGAUACGAGCAGCUGA